CUUGUCCCCCUAACAUACUAACAGAUAAAAUGGCGUCGGAAAACAGACCGGAAUCCCAAGAUGAGAAAACGGCUCUUAUAGAGAAGGACCCAGAACAAGAUGUACAUCAAGAAUGUGGCACAACCGCAAAACAAAGGGAAUCAAAACUUACGCUUUAUCACUGGACGCAGUCUUUCAAUUCUCAGAAGGUGCGUCUGGCUAUAGCAGAGAAAGGUUUGCUCUGUGAGCAGUAUGACGUGAGCCUUCCUCUCAGUGAACAUAACGAGCCCUGGUUCAUGCAUCUGAAUCCCACUGGUGAGGUGCCAGUUCUGGUCCACAAUGACGACAUCAUCUGUGACCCAACUCAGAUCAUGGACUACCUGGAGCAGAGUUUCAAUGACGGCACACCCAAGCUGAUCCCUGAAGAGGGCAGUACAUACUACCUCAGAGUGCAGCACUACAGAGAGCUGCUGGACUCACUACAGAUGGAUGCCUACACCCAUGGCUGCAUCCUUCACCCUGAGAUCACAAUGGACUCGCACAUACCAGCAUAUGCUGCCAACUGUAUACGAACACAGAUCGGAAACACGCAGUCGGAGCUGAAGAAGCUGGCAGAGCAGAACCCAGAGCUUAAAGAUGCUUAUAUAGCAAAACAGAGGCGGUUGAAAUCCAAGUUGUUUGACCAUGACAACAUGAAGCACCUGAAGAAGCUUCUGGAUGAAUUGGAGGGUGUGAUGGACCAGGUCGAGACAGAGCUACAGAGGAGGGUGGAGGAAACACCAGAAGAAGGUCAGUCCUGGCUGUGUGGGGAUUUCUUCAGCAUGGCCGACGUCUCUCUGGCAGUCACCUUGCACCGCCUCAAGUUCCUCGGCCUCUCCCGCCGCUUCUGGGGCGACGGUAACCGUGUGAACCUGGAGACAUACUACGAGCGUGUGGUGGAGCGCCCAGCCUUCAGGAGAGUGCUUGGCCAUGUCAACAACAUCCUAAUCUCUGCUGUUCUUCCUGUGGCGUUUCGCGUGGCCAGGAAGAAUGCACCGGUUAUUCUUGGCACCACCCUGUUGAUUGGUGUUCUAGGUGGAGCUACGUACCUCGCUUUUCUUUACAUGAAGAAGAGGCUGACUGUGUCCUUCUGAGGGAGUGUUUGAGUUGCUGUGGGACUGAAAGGUAGAUAAACGCAGAACAAUUGUCGCCAAAAUCAUUAAAAAAAUUGUGUAAAGUGAAAGUAUAUUGCACAAAAUGCGCUUCCCCCCCCAUUCUCAAUGCACAACUGCUGCAUUACACAUAAAAGGAUAACAAUGGUAGUUAUUCAUGUUUUUGCCAUUUUUCUUAAAUCACAUAUAACAUACACAUGGCUUUGAAGCUCUACAUACGAAGAGUCAGAUUCCAACCAGAAUUGUAUUCACAAGCUAUGUUAUUGUAACAAGUAUGAAUAAAUUAGAUGUUAAAAGAUGAAAAAUUAUAAAAUGAAAGUUGUCUGACUGUCUUUUGGACCCAUAUAAUCAAAUAAAAUAAGGUAGAACUUUAUUUCUCCCAAGUGACAUUAAGGAUAGCAGCAGUUGCAGAAGAAAGUAGGAAAGAGUGCAAAUAUAAAUAUACAUUAAAUAAAAUCUACAAACUAUAAAAUCUAUAGAACAUAUAUUUGUAAAAAGAGCGCAUGUACCAUUCCUCUCUGAAAAAAAGUGAUAAUACAUGUCCAAAUAUUUGAACCUUUGACUGUAAGCCAUGCAAUUGUAGCAUAACUUUGAGACAGUUCAAGCAGCGUCUCAUACUGUAUGUCUACUGUCAUUCUCCAGUACCAACAUAAUGCAGACAGGAUCUGAUUUUAAGGAAAACCCCCAGCAUGGUCAGACAUCUUUACGUGAACUUAAAUCACUAUGAGCCUAUGUUUUGCCCAAUAUGUUCUUUUCUUAAUUUAUUAUUUGAAUAGAGUCCAUAUCUGCCUGUUAGAAAUGAAAGUACAUUAGAAGCCCACCGCCUGCUUUCUGUGACCCAGUCUGUCAGCAUAUAACAAACUGAUCAGCUCAGCAGUUAACACACUGUCAAAUGCAGACACAAGUUUAAUUGUACAAACGCUCUGUGGGGUCUUCCUGUUAUCUCACAUGCACCGACGUUUUACUGUAUUACUUAUAUGAUUGUUUGAAAUAUUCUCUAUGUAACAAUAUCUGAAUUGAUGCUUUUGCAAUGUCAAUUACAUCUUCUUCAGACCAUCAUAUUCAAAAUCUGUGUGAAAUUAAACUACUCACAAACAA